GCCGCAGCGAGACCGGGCGGCGCGGCGGGGAGACGCUCGCGAGGCGGCCGAGGCGGCGGAACAUGGCGGGGGCGCCCCGGGCGCGCGGGAGCGAGGCGCGGCGGCGGCCGGCGCCCCAGGAGCUGUAGCCGCCGCGGGCAGGCCGCCGCCAUGGCCCGCUGGAUCCCCACCAAGCGGCGGAAGUUCGGGGUCGCCAUCUAUAACUAUAAUGCCUCUCAAGAUGUGGAGCUCUCCUUGCAGAUUGGAGACACGGUUCACAUCCUGGAGAUGUAUGAGGGUUGGUACCGAGGAUACACCCUCCAAAAUAAGUCUAAAAAGGGCAUUUUCCCUGAAACAUACAUCCAUUUGAAAGAGGCAACUGUGGAAGACCGUGGGCAGCAUGAGACCGUGAUUCCUGGCGAGCUCCCCUUGGUGCAGGAGCUCACGUCCACGCUGCGGGAAUGGGCUGUCAUCUGGCACAAGCUCUACGUGAACAACAAGGUCACACUCUUCUGCCAGCUGCAGCAGAUGACUUAUAGCCUGAUCGAGUGGCGGUCCCAGAUCCUGUCCGGAACACUCCCCAAGGAUGAACUGGCAGAGCUCAAGAAGAAAGUCACGGCCAAAAUCGAUCACGGGAAUAGAAUGCUUGGCUUAGAUCUGGUAGUGCGGGACGACAAUGGGAACAUCUUGGACCCGGAUGAAACCAGCACCAUUGCCCUCUUCAAGGCCCAUGAAGUGGCUUCAAAAAGGAUCGAGGAAAAGAUCCAGGAAGAAAAGUCAAUUCUUCAGAACCUGGACCUGCGAGGCCAGUCCAUCUUCAGCGCCGUCCACACCUACGGCCUCUAUGUGAACUUCAAGAACUUUGUCUGCAACAUCGGGGAAGACGCAGAGUUGUUCAUGGCCCUCUAUGACCCGGACCGGUCCACGUUCAUCAGUGAGAACUACCUAAUUCGCUGGGGCAGCAAUGGGAUGCCCAAGGAAAUAGAGAAGCUCAAUAACCUUCAAGCAGUCUUCACUGACCUCAGCAGCACAGACCUCAUCCGGCCCCGCAUCAGCCUCGUGUGCCAGAUAGUCCGUGUGGGCCACAUGGAGCUGAAGGAGGGCAAAAAGCACACCUGUGGGCUCCGAAGACCUUUUGGAGUAGCAGUGAUGGAUAUUACUGAUAUCAUACAUGGGAAGGUGGAUGAUGAAGAAAAGCAGCAUUUUAUUCCCUUUCAGCAAAUUGCAAUGGAAACCUAUAUCCGGCAGAGACAGCUAAUCAUGUCGCCCCUGAUAACGUCCCACGUGAUUGGGGAGAACGAGCCACUUACUUCAGUCUUGAAUAAAGUGAUAGCAGCAAAGGAAGUGAAUCACAAAGGACAAGGACUUUGGGUGUCCUUGAAGCUAUUGCCAGGUGACCUCACACAGGUUCAGAAGAAUUUUUCACACUUGGUGGAUAGGUCAACAGCAAUCGCCCGAAAAAUGGGCUUUCCUGAGAUAAUACUUCCAGGAGAUGUCCGGAAUGACAUUUAUGUCACCCUGAUCCACGGGGAGUUUGACAAAGGCAAAAAGAAGACGCCGAAGAACGUGGAGGUGACCGUGUCCGCGCACGACGAGGAGGGCAGGCUCCUGGAGAAAGCGAUUCAUCCUGGGGCUGGCUACGAAGGCAUUUCCGAGUACAAAUCAGUAGUCUACUACCAGGUCAAGCAGCCCUGUUGGUGUGAGACUGUCAAGGUAUCCAUUGCUAUUGAAGAGGUUACUCGCUGCCAUAUAAGAUUUACCUUCCGGCAUAGAUCGUCUCAGGAAUCCAGAGAUAAAUCGGAGCGAGCAUUUGGGGUGGCCUUUGUGAAGCUGAUGAACCCGGAUGGCACCACUCUGCAGGAUGGGAGGCAUGAUCUGGUGGUUUAUAAGGGUGACAACAGGAAAAUGGAAGAUGCUAAAUUCUACCUGACCCUGCCUGGAACCAAGGGAGAGAUGGAAGAAAAAGAACUCCAAGCAUCUAAAACCCUGGCCAGCUUUACCCCAAGCAAGGAUAGCACGAAAGACAGCUUUCAGAUUGCCACUCUCAUUUGGUCCACAAAGCUCACCCAGAACGUUGACCUGUUGGGUUUGUUAAAUUGGCGUUCGAACUCUCAGAACAUCAAACACAACCUAAAGAAGUUAAUGGAGGUGGAUGGAGGAGAGAUCGUUAAGUUUUUGCAAGAUACACUAGAUGCACUUUUUACCAUAAUGAUGGAAAUGUCAGAUAACGAAACGUAUGACUUCCUUGUGUUUGAUGCACUGGUAUUUAUUAUCUCACUGAUCGGGGACAUCAAGUUCCAGCAUUUCAAUCCAGUCCUUGAAACCUACAUUUACAAGCACUUCAGUGCCACUUUGGCGUAUGUGAAACUCUCCAAGGUACUGAACUUCUAUGUGGCUAAUGCAGAGGACUCCAGCAAGACGGAAUUGCUUUUUGCUGCUUUGAAAGCCUUAAAGUACUUGUUCAGAUUCAUCGUCCAAUCUAGAGUGCUCUAUUUGAGAUUUUAUGGCCAAAGCGAAGAUGGGGAUGAAUUUAAUAAUUCAAUACGCCAGUUAUUUCUUGCUUUCAAUACACUAAUGGACAGGCCGCUGGAGGAAGCUGUCAAGAUCAAGGGGGCAGCUUUGAAGUACCUUCCUAGCAUAAUUAAUGACGUCAAACUUGUGUUUGAUCCUGUGGAGCUCAGCGUGCUCUUCUGCAAGUUCAUUCAGAGCAUUCCCGACAACCAGCUAGUUCGCCAGAAACUGAACUGCAUGACCAAGAUAGUGGAGAGCAACCUUUUUCAGCAGUUGGAGUGCAGAGAUGUCCUGUUACCGCUGCUGGCAGACCAGCUCAGCGGACAGCUGGAUGACAACGCCAGCAGGCCUGACCAUGAGGCAAGCUCGCAGCUUCUGAGCAACAUCCUGGAAGUGCUGGACAGGAAGGAUGUGGGCCCCACGGCGAAGCACAUAAAGCUGAUAAUGGAGCGGCUGCUGAGGAGGAUCAACCGGACUGUCAUUGGGAUGAGCCGCCAGUCCCCCCAUAUCGGUAGUUUUGUUGCUUGCAUGAUUGCCAUCCUGCGGCAGAUGGAUGACAGCCACUACAGCGACUACAUCAGCACUUUCAAAACCAAACAAGACAUCACUGACUUCCUCAUGGAAACUUUUAUCAUGUUUAAAGAUCUGAUUGGAAAGAAUGUCUACGCCAAAGACUGGAUGGUCAUGAAUAUGACGCAGAGCAGGGUUUUUCUCCGUGCUAUAAAUCAGUUUGCUGAGGUUCUCACAAGAUUAUUCAUGGAUCAGAGCAGCUUUGAACUUCAGCUCUGGAACAAUUAUUUCCAUUUGGCCGUAGCAUUUCUCACCCACGAAUCUCUACAGCUUGAAACCUUCUCGCAAGCCAAGCGCAACAAAAUUAUGAAGAAAUAUGGGGACAUGAGAAAGGAACUCGGCUUCCGAAUCCGGGACAUGUGGUAUAACCUGGGUCCCCACAAAAUCAAAUUCAUCCCAUCCAUGGUGGGCCCCAUUCUGGAGGUCACACUGACCCCCGAAGUAGAACUCCGGAAAGCCACCAUCCCCAUUUUCUUUGAUAUGAUGCAGUGUGAGUUCAAUUUCAGUGGAAAUGGCAAUUUCCAUAUGUUUGAGAACGAAUUGAUCACAAAGCUGGACCAGGAGGUAGAAGGGGGCAGAGGAGAUGAACAGUACAAGGUCCUUCUGGAAAAACUGCUCCUAGAACAUUGCCGGAAACAUAAAUACCUGGCCAGCUCUGGAGAAGUGUUUGCCCUCCUGGUCAGCAGCCUUUUGGAGAAUCUUUUGGACUACAGGACCAUCAUGCAUGAUGAGAGCAAGGAAAACCGCAUGAGCUGUACCGUUAAUGUACUGAAUUUUUAUAAAGAAAAGAAGAGAGAGGACAUAUACAUAAGGUACCUGUACAAGCUGCGGGAUCUGCACCGGGACUGUGAGAACUACACGGAAGCUGCCUGCACGCUGCUGUUACAUGCUGAGCUUCUGCAGUGGUCUGACAAGCCCUGUGUACCCCAUUUGCUUCAGAGGGACAGCUACUAUGUUUAUACCCAGCAAGAGCUUAAAGAGAAGCUGUACCAAGAAAUCAUAUCAUAUUUUGACAAAGGCAAAAUGUGGGAGAAGGCAAUCAAACUGAGCAAAGAGUUGGCUGAGACUUAUGAGAGCAAAGUAUUUGACUACGAGGGCCUCGGCGGUCUCCUGAAAAAAAGAGCCUCAUUUUAUGAGAACAUCAUUAAGGCGAUGAGGCCUCAGCCUGAAUACUUUGCUGUUGGGUACUACGGACAAGGCUUUCCUUCUUUCCUACGGAACAAAAUCUUCAUCUACCGAGGGAAGGAGUAUGAGAGGCGAGAAGACUUCAGCCUGAGGUUGCUGACCCAGUUCCCCAGUGCUGAGAAGAUGACCAGCACCACGCCCCCGGGAGAGGAAAUCAAGUCCUCUCCAAAGCAGUACAUGCAGUGUUUCACCGUAAAGCCAGUGAUGAGCCUGCCGCCUGGCUACAAAGAUAAACCCGUUCCGGAGCAGAUCUUAAACUACUACAGAGCCAACGAGGUGCAGCAGUUCAGUUACUCCCGGCCGUUCCGGAAGGGUGAAAAGGAUCCAGACAAUGAGUUUGCCACCAUGUGGAUUGAAAGGACCACGUAUACAACUGCGUAUACCUUUCCUGGGAUUCUUAAAUGGUUUGAAGUCAAACAGAUUUCAACGGAGGAAAUCAGUCCUCUGGAGAACGCCAUAGAAACCAUGGAGCUCACCAAUGAGAGGAUCAGCAACUGUGUGCAGCAGCACGCCUGGGACCGGACCCUGUCUGUGCAUCCUCUCUCCAUGCUGCUCAGUGGCAUCGUAGACCCUGCUGUCAUGGGGGGCUACUCCAACUAUGAAAAGGCAUUUUUUACAGAAAAGUACCUGCAGGAGCAUCCCGAAGACCAGGAGAAGAUCGAGCUGCUGAAGCAACUCAUAGCCUUGCAGAUGCCCCUGCUGACGGAGGGGAUCCGCAUCCACGGGGAGAAGCAGACGGAGCAGCUCAAGCCCCUGCACGACCGCUUGUCUUCUUGCUUCCGGGAACUCAAGGAGAAAGUAGAGAAGCUCUAUGGGGUUAUAACCCUGCCACCCAACCUGACCGAGAGGAAGCAAAGCCGCACAGGGUCUGUUGUGCUUCCCUACAUCAUGUCGUCCACGCUGCGGAGACUGUCCAUCACCUCGGUGACUUCCUCCGUGAUUUCCACCUCUUCUAACUCAUCUGAUACUGCUCCCUCCAGACCAGGAUCUGAUGGGUCAAUUCUGGAGCCGCUUCUGGAGCGCAGGGCUUCAUCAGGUGCCAGAGUUGAAGAUCUGCCCCUCAGAGAGGACAGUGAGAGCCGGAUCGGCAAGUUCAAGAGAAAAGACUGGAGCCUGACCAAGUCCCAGGUCAUCGCAGAGAAAGCACUGGAACCUGAUCCAAUGAGCCCGACCAGAAAAGCACAAAGGCCAAAGAGUCUGCAGUUGUCAGACAACCGGCUGACGCCGUUUCAUGGUUCUUCAACUCCUCAGUCCACACCCUUGAGCCCACCUCCACUCACUCCUAAAGCCACCAGGACCUUAAGCUCCCCGUCUUUGCAGACAGAUGGGUUGAUGACUGCUACUAUCCCGCCUCCCCCUCCCCCCAAGAGCAAGCCCUAUGAGGGCAGCCAGAGGCACUCCACAGAGAUUGCUCCCCCGCUGCCCGUUCGAAGAGAAGCCAAAGCCCCACCCCCUCCACCUCCAAAAGCCCGGAAAUCUGGCGUCCCUUCUUCGGAGCCUGGGUGCCAGUAAGCAGCUUGUCAUCUCUCAGAGACUGUGGAUGCCCCGGACAGCUGGGGCCUGACGAACGGCCUCAGGGAGGCAGUGUCCACCAUGGCACGGGGCCCUCUGCUGUCUGGCUCUGCUGAUCCGGGAUGAGGUUCACCAACUCCUGAUUCCAUUCUUUCAAAAGCUUCUCUUUGGCGGAUGCCCGAGGCCGUGCCACAUCUCCUCCAGUCCAUGUGGAAUUCCAGAAUUGACCGUGUGUGCAUUUCUCAAAGAAGAGCUCUUCCUCACCAUCAUUAAAUCUCAUCCUCUAUCACAGAGCCACUGGGACCUACAAAAAUCUGGGAAAGUUCUGUGCUGGUGGUAGAGUGGCCCAGUAACCUACGCCUUGCAGGGAUUUCUGCUUUGCUUCUGAAAAUCUUUGCUUGGGACUUAGUUUUCUCACACGGACAUGCUCUCCCAUAAAGCAUAUUGGAAGGGACCUACAUCAAAUUCUUCGGUAGCCAAAAUAAUCAUAUCUUCUUAAUGUCUUUUGUGUUUCCUUUGAGGAAACGAACAUAUUUUUAGUGGAGAUUGGCUGCUUUAAAGUAUGAAUGGCUAUCAUAAUUAAAAAAAUACAGACUCAGUCUCGAGCCCAGAGCUCCUGCAUUCCCCUACCCACUUGUGGCACUGGAAAGUUUCCCCUGCCCUCCCCAGGAGUCCUUCACACUGCAGACUAAUGGCCCUCACUGCUUGGCAGUAUCUCCUUCAUGCUACAGACUCCUCUGAAGCUCUUUCUUUUGCACACAGUUUCCUAUCUGUUCCUUCCUCUGAGCUCAGAUCACUGGACAUAAGGGACUUAGAAGCCCAGCUCAACAGCUUCUCUUCGGAUCCCACUUGGAUGGCUCAGCAGCCCCUAUCUGCAACCUGAUUUUACCCUGGAGAAUACAGUGCAAUAUCCCCUUUGAUUAUUUAUUCCUCUUGUUUGUGGAAUUAAUUUGAUUACAUUUUUAUGGUACUAAUGUCAGUAUUCCUUUCAGAAGAAAAAAAAAUGGGGUGAUUUACAUGAUCCAGUAUUCCCUACACAUGCAUAAAUAGCCACACAAUUAAAGACAAGUGUUUUGAACUGAAACGGACUUAAAGGUAAUACAACCAAUCCCCUCAUUUUAUAGAUAAUGAAUUGAGGCUGAACACAGAAAUUCUACUACAGAGUCUUACUCAUAACCGAGCUUGCUAAUUGAGGCAAUGCCCAGAUAACGCUUAGCUCUAGAAAACAACCCUGACACCGUCUUUAAUACCUACCACUAUUUGGAACAGCAGUGGAAAUGUCGCAGAACUUCUAUAAUACUUACGUAUUUAUGGCAAAGUAGGAAACUUUUUGGCUGGAUCUCCUAGGUCAACAUGUAGGGAAGCCCCCCCGGGGCUCAGCCACAAGCUGGCCCUGUCGCCUUUCUUCCUAAGUAGAGAAGGGAGAGAAGGAAGUUUCGCCUCUGAGCAUUUGGAUUGGCUGCUCUGCUGCUCUGUUGGGGUGCUCAUUUAGGAGAGAAGUAUUAAUUCAUCACCGGUCAGGGAGGUAAAAAUCUCUGAGACAUGGCCAGCAUUACUUCAGAAAUUGGUAGGCAUGUUUAAAGGGAAAAAGUUAUUUUUCACCUCCACCCAGGAAAAACCUACAAGAUGAUAUGAUGGAAAGAACCUGGGCUUUGGAAGUAAAUCCAUUCGGUUUCAGAUCAUCCGAACUGUGUCGUCAUCUAUUAACUUUUCAAACUCCCUCAAAUUAUUUGAAGUUCCCUGCAAAAUGGGGAUAAUACCUUUCACAUAGGAGGUUCCAGUGAGAUCGAAUAUGUGAACCGGCUAGGAGCGCACAAAAUGACCCUUCUUUUUGUCUGCCAGGCCUGAGUAAGAUCUGGAACUUUCUAAGAGCAUUAUUGAUGUUCCUCUUUUUCUCCCCGAGGUAAUUUGGAGUGUGAGUGCGGGUUAGCUCUGUCUUUUGGAGUCUCGUACAUCAUUGUUUAUGACUAGAGAAAAAGCAUGAGUAAGAACUGAAGAGGAUUUUAAGUGGUAAGAACUCAAGAGAAUGGAGAGGGGGAACAGAAAGGUUAUGCAGGGCUUACUCGGAGCCUGGCGCAGCUUCUGAGAAGUUGCCUGGCCAGCUGGCUGGCUGGAUGGGGUUCCUGUGUCUCCUCCUACUUUUCCAGCUGCCAUUAAAAUAGAAGGAUAUAAACUGGGCCACAAAGAAACUGACUGAAGCAUGUCCCUUCAGAGCAGUGGAAGCCAGUCCCGCAAUCUGUCUUGGUUGGAGGCUGGGAAAUCUGAAACACCCGUGCCCAGACACCCUCCCUUUUCUAAUGGAACAUAUUCUCCAUGUGAUUCCCUUUCCAUAUUAAUGGAAAUACUAGGUCUUUCCUGCCUGAAAACAAAGGAUUGCAGGUAACGUUGUCAGUAAUGGAUUACAGGGGGCUUUGGAAGUCGUCUCUUUGGGAAGCUACUGGGUCUGAAAGAGUCAUGUUUGACAAAAGACCAUGUCUGUCCUGAAAUCAAAGAGAAAGACUGCAGAGAAAUGUCCAUGAUUACCUCAAAUAUAGGGGCGAUAAGGGGCAGGGAAUAAAAAGAGAAAGAAUUGGUCUUUAUUUUCCUUGAUGAGCACUUUAGGAUACUGAAAGACAUUUGAAAGCAGCCCCAGACGGUCACAACCUUUCUGGAUACUGGUUUGUGGAUUUUUUUUAAAUCCCCUUUUUCCUCUCUGUCCUGGUGAUGUGUCUUCCUUUGAGGGUUUUUUUUUUUUCCCCACAAUUUCUUUCAUUCAGCACUUACUAAGCUCUCACUGAACGCCAGGCACAGUACUAGACCCUCAGGAUGUGCCGAUUCAAUGUGUUUGGUGGAAAGAGGCUGGGUAUACAAAGGCUGGUGUGCUGUGGGGUUGGCAAGAGGGUGGUGGUAGAAGAAAGCGCGACCCUAAAUACGGCUGCUGGGCAGGAGUUGCCUCCCCUUCACCUUCACACGUUGAUUCGAGAAUUGCAGCCAUUCUCUCCUGUCUAGAGACCAUGAAAAACUGCAGUCACUGGAGAUUCUAAGACAAAAUAAGAGGCAAAACAGGAGCUGAGAAAACUUUCUAAGCUGGCAGAGUCCUUCUCCUCUGCUUGCCCCCAGAUCAUGGGGUGAUGUCUUGUUUUAAAAUUGAGGCAUAACUUAAAUACAGUUAAGUGCACAAAUCUUAGGUGUACAGAGGGAUGAAAAUUUACAUACAGGCAUACACCCCAUCAGUACCUCUCAGAUCUGGAGGCAGACACAUGGCGCCCAGAUGUCUCCCUCACACCCACGCUGUCCUUUUGUAAAAGCUAUUUAGAAGGCCCUUCAAAUUUACACCGUCUGUCCUCUCACAUCUCGGGUAUAAUGAAAAGGGGGGAGAGAACACCAACCAAGGACACAGAACAAGACUAAAGACGGUGUACCUUUGGGUAAGUCCAUCCGUAGUCAGUCCCCAGGCCUCAAAUUUCCUUAUGUGAAAAUUGUAUAUAUAUAUAUUUGAGGUUACAUGAUUUUGAGAAUCCUUUCAGCCCUAGCUUUCUUUGAUUCUAAGUAAAUGAAGAGUCAGAAGGAAACUAACUUUUUGUAAGUUUGUGUACAGAAGCCUGUAGCCCCUUGCACCAUGACCAAGUGGGAUUUUAAAAUUAAGUUUGAAAAGGUAAGUUCCUCUUUGGGUGAGUUAAGAGUAGAACCAUCAGUUGCAAUCUACGAAAAGAAUAAAGGUAGUUUUCCUUACAAGGUGAUGAUUUCAGGCUGAUUCUUAUAAUCCAGCCAAAGCCGGUCUCCAGUAUAAGCUGCCCAAACUCAUCUCUUAGUCAAAUUUUGUGAGUUGUUCAUCCAAACUUUGUCAAAGGCUCUGUUGCCCUGAUUUUGUUAAUUAGUUAGGUUUCAACAUGGAUAGUUAGGAAGAUGGGCACUGGAAUAGAAAAUUGUGUUCAGAUUUGCUGUAUUUAUUUUUUAAAUUAAAAUGGAAAUGUA